AUGGGAUCCGGUUCGCGUUCCGGUUCGGAUGACGGAAUGGAACGAAUCGCACUCGUGCACAGUCACUCUCGAUCCACUUUAACCGGGACUCAGACCAGUCCAGGUCUGGCCUAUAUGGUCUUAUCCGCCACCCAAGCUGGAGUCGGAAUGUCCACUCCAUUGGCCGGUGAUCCAAUUGCUGUCACGGCCACUAGUUCUCCUCGAUACUAUACCCGAGGCUCGGACAGUUCGGAAACAAAUACGGGUGGUCCGAAUGGACAACCGACUCUACAAGAUCUACCCAAUACAGCUAUCCCACUGCAAGCUUCAGCGCAUAACAUAAUUGUAUCCCUUCUGCCCUGCCUUCCCACGUCAUCAGCCGGACCGGUGUCUUCGUCUUCAUCUCAGCACACACCAUCUGGGAGCAUGGUCGCAGCCUGGUCACCGGAGUUAGACAACGGUCCAGGCAUUGGUGGCGGCCUGCCAUCUCCUGAAGUACUCGAUCCCGCAACGCCCGCAACAAGUCAGCCCUCGUUUCCCCACUCAAGUUCAACACAGACUGAAUGCUGGGUAUAUUCCAUACCACAACGUCCACCCAUAUCCAGUAACGUGGUUGUCGCUACGAGUACCUGCGGUAAUGGUGGCAAACUUCAGACACCAGAACUCACUUCUACGACACAGAUUUUGGUCGCCCCGGUUUGUUCCAUCCUGACUGACACCAUGUCUACAAAGAGUAAUACUGUUGCCCCCGAAGUGGACUGUCCAAGCGACAUGAUUGAUGUAAUCGCCCCGGUUUCGUUGGAAUCCUCUAACUGGCGUAUCCCUGUUGCUACAGCCAUGCAUUCUUCAGGCACCACGUCUGCCGGCGGAUUGCUGUCCACCGGCACAACUAGGGUUUCGAUAUCGGCUCCGGUCAGGAACACAACAGAAGCUGCGGCCACCACCACCACCACAAUGAUGACAACAACAGCAACGAAUCCAGUUGUAGUCAAUGAAGGCAAGCUCAGUUUGCUCCAUCCGCAUCGAACAAAAACGCCAUACAGUCGUGAUACUGCUUCAUCCAAUCCUGCCGGGCGUCUGUGGCGAACACUAACUCGUCCGUUUCGUCCCACCCGGUCGAGAUGCAAUAUGCGAUCACGGAGCCCAACCCCGUCAGCUGUGAUGGAUUCCGGAAACAUGUCUAUCUCAUCACCACCGGUUUGUACGACCCUUGCUCCGAUGGCACCUUUUGUUUCCGGUCCGUCGAAUCGUUUUGAGACUGAUUCGAACGCAACAGAACAGGUUGUUGUUGCACAGGUUGAGUCCACAAAUUCGGUUAAUCCAUCUCAUACGGGCGUUCUAUCUGUGAUUCCACCUUGUCCAGUGGAUCCAACACACUCGAUAUCUGAUUCCAAUCCUUCUGGUUCAUCGGAUACUCGACUCUAG